AUGAAACUCGUCGUAUUUAGCACAAAGCCCUAUGACAGGAGGUUUUUCGAAGCCGCGCGCGAAACGAAAGAGUACUCCAACAUUGAGAUGGUGUACCACGAGGUGUCUCUGACCGAGGACACCGUCCCUCUGUCACAAGGUGCCGACGGGGCAUGCGUUUUCGUGAACGACUCCCUGAGCAGCGCUGUCAUAGAGAAGCUAGCAGGCACUGGGGUUCGGUUUAUCCUUUUGCGAUGCGCUGGCUUUAACAACGUGGACCUGGACGCUGCUGAGAAGCACGGUAUCGCGGUAGCCAACGUGCCAUCGUACUCGCCCGAGGCUGUUGCGGAGUUUGCCGUGGCCAUGAUUCAAACAUUGAAUCGAAACACGCACAGGGCCUACAACAGGGUGCGGGAAGGCAACUUCUCGCUUGACGGACUGCUGGGUCGGACGCUCCACGGUAAGACGGUCGGCUUCGUGGGAACCGGCAGAAUCGGCGUCGCCACAGCUCGCAUCAUGAGGGGAUUCGGCUGCCGAAUCCUUGCCCACGAUCCGUUUCCCUCGGCGGCUUUUGAGGAGAUUGGUGAAUACAAAAGCCUCGAGGAGCUUCUGCCGCUGUGCGAUAUUGUCAGUCUUCACUGCCCAUUGAUGGAUGCAACACGCCACAUCAUCAACGAUGACACACUCGGCAAGAUGAAGAAGGGCGCCAUGCUGGUCAAUACAUCCAGAGGGGGUCUCGUCGAUACCAAGGCAGCGCUGAGGGCCUUGAAGAGCAAACAUCUUGGGGGGCUGGCGCUUGAUGUGUACGAAGGUGAAGGGUCACUCUUCUACGACGACCAUUCUGGUGAUAUUAUCCACGACGACGUCUUGAUGCGCCUGACCACAUUUCACAAUGUUUUGGUUUGCGGGCACCAGGCCUUUUUCACUGAGGAGGCUCUGGAGGAAAUUGCCAAGUGCACCUUUCGCAAUGCUCAAGAGCUUGCUGGAGGCGGCAAGUGCACCAAUAUGCUGACCAAAGGCUUGGUUCUGAAACAGCAGGGGACUCUGCCGGUUAGGACUGUUUGA